AUGAAGGGUAAGUAUAACGGAGUACAAGCUGAAGUUCACGGAUUAAAUGAUUUUAAAGCUUCAAACGGGUGGCUUGAAAAAUUUCGAAAACGGCAUAACAUUUCGUAUAAAUCUGUUUGUGGCGAAGCUUCAGCCGUUGAUAGAAUAGCUGUUGAUGACUGGAAGAAAAAAUUACCAAACAUAAUUGAUAAAUAUGAAAAGCGAGACAUCUUCAAUGCCGACGAGACUGGGCUUUUUUUAAAAGUUCUACCUAAUAAAACUAAAGCAUUUAAAAAUGAAACUUGCAGCGGUGGAAAAGUUUCAAAAGAACGGUUGACUGUGCUAUUGUGCUGUAAUAUGAUUGGUGAGUUUGAACGUCCUCUUGUCCUAGGUAAGGCAAAACGACCGCGAGCUUUCAAAAAAUUAGACGCAAAUAAAUUUCCCGUUGACUGGUGUUGGAAUAAAAAGGCCUGGAUGACGACACAGAUUAUGACAGACUGGCUUAUGAAAUUUGAUAAACAAAUGAUAAAAAGUCGAAGAAAAGUACUACUUUUUGUCGAAAAUGCAGCUCCUCAUCCCCAUCUUAAACUACAAAAUGUUGAGCUAGUCUUUUUUCCCCCAAAUAUGACGUCUCACUGUCAACCUCUGGACCAAGAAAGGAGGAGUCGACGUUGUUGA